GCAUUAAACGUCAUCGUGCUCAGCUGACUGCGACUGCAUCUCGCUACUGGAGUAGAAAUGUAUUUGUUUUGUUGUGUUUUAGACUUUUUAAAGUGAGUUAUUUUAAAGGUCUCUUUAUCAUUUAUUCGCAUACAAUGUGUAAGGUAUGUUGGGGUUAAGUUGACCAGUCGCGACUAAUUUCACAUUUAUAGCCAUUUAAGCUAGCGCGACGUGCGAAGUUGCCAUGCUCGGUUGCAGAUAUGCAGUGGAAAACUUUUUCUGUCUUUGCGUUACUCAUUAACGUUACCGAAACUUCAAGCGCUUCAUAUGUCAUCACAGUAGAUGUGGGCAGACCAGUAGGAGAUCUUAAGCACUUCUGGAGAAGCACUGGUUUCUGUCCCCCGCUCCCUCACACCCAGGCCCACCAGUUUGACCUGAGCAUUGACCAGCAGCUGAACCUGGCCUAUGUGGGCUCAGUCCCCCAUGGAGGGAUCCAACAGGUCAGGAUACACUGGAUGUUGGAGCUGGUCACUGCGCAAGACAUUGGAGGACGGCCCCAGUACAACUUCACUAAUCUGGACCAACUGAUAGAACUUUUGUGGAUUAAUGGACUCCGACCAGGUUUUGAACUGAUGGGCAGUGUCUCUAACUACUUCACUGACUUUGAGGAUAAAUCGCAAGUGGUCGAGUGGAGAAAUCUGGUUUAUCUCAUAGCCAAGAGGUACAUCGACAAGUAUGGCCUGGGGAGUGUUUCUCAGUGGAACUUUGAAACAUGGAAUGAGCCCAACAACCAUGACUUUGAUAAUGUCACCGUGUCAAUUCAAGGGUUUCUAAACUACUAUGAUGCCUGUUCGGAGGGUCUACGCAGCGCCAGCAGUCUCCUGAGGUUUGGGGGUCCAGGAGACUCCUGCCAUUCUCCCCCACACUCACCAUACUGCUGGGCCAUGCUGCAGCACUGCUACAACGGCACCAACUACUUCACUGGAGAGACGGGUGUCAGGAUCGACUACAUCGCCCUGCACAAGAAGGGAGGAGGCUACUCCUUGCCCAUCCUCCAGCAGGAGAUGCAGACAGUUGGGGAGAUCCAGGAGCGUUUCCCCCGGUUCCGCAGCCUCCCUGUAUACAAUGAUGAGGCUGAUCCGCUGGUGGGCUGGUCCAGGCCUCAGGAGUGGAGGGCUGAUGUGACCUAUGCUGCGAUGGUGGUGAAGGUAAUAAACCAGCACCAGGAUCUGCUGCUGGCAGACCCAAACUGCACCAUCAACUACACCCUGCUGAGCAACGACAAUGCCUUCCUCAGCUACCACCCACACGCCUUCACCCAGCGCACGCUGACCGCCCGCUUCCAGGUCAACAACACCCAGCCACCUCACGUGCAGCUGAUCAGGAAGCCGGUCCUCUCUGUCAUGGGCCUGCUGGCUUUGCUAGGAGAGACCCAGGUCCUGGCUCAGGUUUUAAACUCGGCAGGAACCAACAACAGCACGGUGGGAGUUCUCGCCAGCAGCCACAAGCCCGUAAUCCCGGGCGGCUCAGACAGCUGGCAGGCGGCAGUGCUGGUCUAUAACAGUGACGACAACAGCAUGUCCACCAACACUGAUGAUGUCACCGUCUCACUGAAAGGACUGGCUGCACAAAAGGGUCUUGUGUACGUCACAUAUUACAUUGACAACAAUGUAACCAACCCAUACCAGCUGUGGCAGAGCAUGGGCAGCCCCGACUACCCCACAGCAGAACAGUUCAGACGCCUCAGGAGCGUGCAGGACCCUCAUAUUGACGGACCCUGGGAAGUUCCUGCAGGGGACACUCUAACUCUGAAAGCCAAACUGUCUGUGCCCUCUGUCCUCCUCAUCCAUGUUUGUGCCCUGCCCAAAGCCGUGCCAGACCAGGUCAAUGGAUUACGCUUCAUCAGGAUCACCAAAGGCCAAGUCCUGAUUGUCUGGUCAGACCACUGUGUUGAUUCCAAAUGCAUUACGACAUUUGAAGUGGAAUUCUCCGUAGACCACAAGGAAUUCAGCAGAAUUAAUACUCAAGACACCAUUUUUACUUCUUAUGUUUAUUCGCCUGUGGACCAGGAGGUUGGCGGUCUGUACAGAGUUCGAGCUGUGGACUACUGGGGCAGGCCUGGCCUGUACUCACUGCCAGAGAGGUAUUCAGAGGAGCAUUAGACCAACGUCAAGUCUGGUAGCAUUCAAAUUAUGUUUCUAAAUUGUUUUGUACAAUGUAAAUACAUUUUAUAGGGAUCAAUGUGCUCAUUUAUAUAUGUUAUACAGUAUGGGUCCUUUUGUGGUUAGUUAAGCGUUGUUUCAUCUGCCCAAUCACAUUGUAAGCAUACAUUUAUUAUUUAUGCUCAUGCUCUAUUUGACAGUAAUACAGGCAUCACAUGUUUUAACAGAGUAUAGUAAUGGUUGAAAUUUCAAAGUCAUUUCAUUUUGCUCUUUGACCAUUUUGAGAAUAUAAAAGUGACUCGAUACAAUAAUCAUCAGCAAACAUUACCAGCUCAAAUACAUUGAUUUCUGUUGAAGCUGUUGUAGAUUUAUUGGCUUGUGGAGAUGGAUAAUGUUAUUGAACACAUCCUGUCUUGGUGAUAACCUUUUAAACUCACUACUGACAGCACCAAGCAAGCAGUAACAUGUUGUUAUAAUCAAAAUAAACAGCAUGGCUGGCA